AUGGCUGACACAGCCGUGCCAUCUCCGGCACCUUCGGCAUCUUUCGAUAAUACCAGUGGCUGGUUCAAUUUCACUAUAUGGACGGCGCAGAAUAUACCCUAUCUCAACAUGACCAAAAUUGCACCGUCGAUUGAGGAUAUUGUUCUGGCUGGGCCUAGAAUGGUCAUGAAGUUGGGUCGUUUCGGAUCCGUCUUCUCAGCUACGGAUGCUGUCGACGGCUUUGGACAGCAAGUGAUUGCCGAUACAACUACCGAGUCGAGUAUUAUCUUUUCCACAACGACCACUCCGCGUGCUGGAGCCUACGUGGCCAACACAGCAACUAUGUCGGCCGCUGUGGCCGCUGCCGCCGAAUCCGUCCUUGCCGGGCAGGAAACAACAGCCGUGCCUGCGGCCUCGUCACGGUUCUCCCUUGAGGGUGCCAGAGGCCUGGGGUCUGUCUUCAGCUAUGCUACCAGCAAGUGGGCAUUGUGUUGCAUUGCCAUGGCCGUGGUCCUCAACCGCACCCAUAUCUUUGCUGCCACGCGCAGACGUCUACGACUGCGUUGGCCUGUUCGCUUUGCCCUACGCAUCGUACCUGUAAUUCUCUUUCUUUUCCAGGCAAAGCGUCUCCUGCAGUCUAUUCAGUGCCAAACGUCACCCGAGUUUGCAGAGUUGCGAUGGGGUGACGCUACUAAGAGCUCAGAAAUGAUGUUUUCACAACCUAGCCCCUUCCUGCAUGGACUGAGUACGGCUUUACUCCUUGGACCAUCCGACCAGGAAUCCUGCUUAGCCGUUCAUAUGAUUCCAUCACCGGACCCGGAAGGCAGAGCAUCUUCACAGCUGCGGGGCUCCCUGUCCCUUUUGUGGCCCCUUUUUGGUAGCUUCUGCCUCAGUCACUUUCUCGAAACCAUAUCAUGUGCCGUUCAGGGGCGCCAUCUCGCGGCAGAGACGGGCAUGACUUUAUUCGAGCACUCGCUCGCUUUUGCCGAGGCUGACGCUGCCAUUAGCAAUCAGCUGGGUUGGGGAAUGUUUACCAACACUGCAGCAGCCGCAGCAGCCUCGUCUGGUAACAUUAAUGCUGAUGUCGCCAUCACCAGAUCUAUGCUCCUCCGGCGGGCAAAUACACCCCCUGAAGUCUUACUGGUUGCGUUUUUAUCAGCUAUGAGCCAUGUCACCAGCCACAUCCUGGGCAUAUUUAACCUUCAGCACAAGGCCCGCCUCCUCAGUACCGGAUUUUUUGCUGCAUGCUUCAUGGGGUCGAUCAUUUGGAGCGCACUGACUUUCUCACUUGAUGACCCCGCAGGCCAGAGCCUCCUCAGGUUUCCAACUGUUUGCAUAAUAGGCUACAUACCUCACGUUCUUGUGCUUGCUGGCAUCUGGAUAUGUUUCUCGAUUUACGUGGUUGCUCUUUUCCUAACAGCCCUGUCCCCUCCGGAGGUCAGCACUACGGCCGACGAUGCGGUUGAUGCGGACGAUGGCUGGCCACGAUCACUAAUGGGUCGUCUUCGACGGGCCCAUGAUAACAUGCAGGCCAAUAUUUCUCUAUCAGAUAUCCGACUGACCAUGGAAAUGGAUUUCUAUACGGCGCUACUUAGGGCAGGGUUCGCAGCAAUAUCUAUGGCAAGUGAAGCAGUUUACCUAAAUGAGGAUCGGCGUGUCAACCUCGCCCGGCGCACCUGGCUCGAGGAUGAGAGGCUUCGCGAGAUGGAGCAGCUACGGAUGCAGUGGCUGCCGGGAUCGAGGUACGACUUUAAUGGCGCCAUUGGCCUCGUCCCUAUAGAGCAGUCACAGAACGGAGGUGAACUGGUGCCUCAGUGGGGCGGCUCUGGCUAUGCAAGAGAACGUGCGGCUCAGCAGGUUGCUAAAACCAAAACUGGUGAACGUGUCCGUCCUAUGAGAGAUGGCGUAGGUGCCGCUGAGCGCAGUGGGAGAUGGUUGUUGGCUGUUGAGUUCCUUGCACGCAUCAGUCGCCUGGUAGUCACGUAUAGUGCCUUGGUUUUCUGCAAACUCCUCAGCCGGAUCGGCAUCAACAACCCACCCUCCUUCCUGCGCUAUCUAGCACAACAAGCCAAGCCUCCGAGCGUUCCCAACCCUAGCGAAGCAAGGCGGAGUGUCGUCGCGGACAACGGACGAGGCGUUGACGGCGUCCGUGACUCCAAGGGUCAAGUUAUAGGGGAAUGGAUCCGAGGCCAAACUGGCACUGCGUACAUCCCAAGGAAAGAGUCGGUGGACUUGGAGCAGAUCGUCACCUGUCAGAUGCCCGAGGAGAAAGAUACAUCGGGUAUAAUGUACAGAUGGUGGCUGAAGGGAGGCUGGUGGGGAGAAGUUGAUAAGAGCGGCGACUACACACCACCCGUGGACCACAAUGACCCUGACUUUGACAAUACAAGUAUCGUGUCGGCUACUGAUACGGACCGCAUGAGCGAGGUGCAAAGUCACGCUGGCUGGGACUCAGAUGACGAUCCCUGGGAGGAUGACUUGGAUGAUGGCCAACGCACUCCCACUCAACGAUCACAUAUGGCGACGCGUGAGUCGACACCACUGGUAGACAACCCAAUGGCAGUCGCGGAUCUUGCCCGUCUACUCAAUCCACGAUCACCCGAGGAAACAGCCGAAGCACGCGCCUUGGCCACUCACCUUGAAGCCGACGGCAUUGUAACCCGCAGCCGCUUCGCCAGACUCUCGGCGCAGCAACGAGCACAGGUUCUCAUGCCCGGCGGUCGUGACGUUCACCGACAUCGUCUGUCCCAGAAGAUGACACCAGACGAGGAAGCGCAACUGCUGGAGCAGAUUCUGAUCUCUCGGAGGGGAAAUAAUAGCCAGCAACAGCAGCAGCCAGGUGGCGCAUCUACCUGGGCCACGGGAGCGCCUGGGCUGGGACCCGACGGCCCGCAGUGUGUAGUAUGCCAUAGCGCAUCUCGGACGGUCAUCGUAUGGCCGUGCCGAUGCCUGAGUCUCUGUGACGAUUGCAGGGUAUCCCUUGCCAUGAACAACUUUGACAAGUGUGUUUGCUGCCGCAGAGAGGUCAUUAGCUUUAGUCGCAUUUUCGUGCCUUGA